AUGUUGGAAGAAGAUAUGGAGGUGGCCAUCAAGGUGGUAGUAGUAGGAAAUGGAGCUGUUGGGAAGUCCAGUAUGAUUCAGCGAUAUUGCAAGGGGAUUUUUACAAAAGACUACAAGAAAACUAUUGGUGUAGAUUUCCUGGAAAGACAGAUCCAAGUUAAUGGUGAAGAUGUCAGGCUGAUGUUAUGGGACACUGCAGGUCAAGAGGAAUUUGAUGCAAUAACUAAGGCCUACUAUAGAGGAGCCCAGGCUUGUGUUCUUGUGUUUUCUACAACUGACAGAGAGUCCUUCAGAGCAAUCCCUACCUGGAAGGAAAAAGUUGUGACUGAAGUUGGAGACAUUCCCACAGUUCUUGUGCAGAAUAAGAUUGAUCUUCUUGAUGACUCCUGCAUAAAGAAUGAGGAGGCGGAAGCUCUGGCCAAGAAGCUGAAAGUGAGGUUCUACCGAGCGUCUGUGAAGGAAGACCUGAACGUGAGCGAAGUUUUUAAGUAUUUGGCUGAUAAAUAUCUUCAAAAGCUCAAGCAACAAACAGCAGAAGAUUCAGAACUAGUGCAUACAAGCAGUAACAAGAUUGGUGUUUUUAAUACAGCUGGUGGAAGUCACUCCAACCAAAAUUCUAGCACACUUAAUGGUGGAGAUGUCAUCAACCUUAAACCCAACAAACAGAGGACCAAGAAAAACAGAAGUCCUUUCAGCAACUGCAGUAUACCUUAG